CCCCUGAACGCACCUUGGUUUUCCGUCGUUGACACAAAGCCAGUGUGGAUCCGAGGACGACGUCAGCGCAGAGGCAGACAGACAGAAGUCAGACAGAGAGAUGACCCUCGUUUUGUCCAUGAAUCCUUUCCUGGACCCAGAAGGAGACCCGCCGCUCUCCACCUAUCAGCCUGUGUGGGAAUCAGAGCGAUGCAGCAAGACCUGCCCGUCAAACCCGGCCCCGCCUUCCAGCUCUGAUGAGGCGUUUACACAAGAGCCGCCCUCCAGACGACUUCCUGAUCAUGUGUCCAGAAUUGCGUACUUUAAGAGGAAGUUUGUGGACGAUGACGACGAGCCGUCCUUCAGUUUCAGGACGUACUGCCAGGCUGUUGCUCCGGUGUUGGAGGAGCGCGCUCUGGUGCUGCGUCUCUCUCUGGAGAAGAUGAGGUUCAUCGACGACCCCGAGGCCUUCCUGCGACGUUCUGUUCUCGUCAACAACCUCCUGCGACGUCUGCGUGCUGAGAUUCUGCUGCAGAGCUCUGACUGGUGCUUCCCACCAAACCCGGCGUUUGCCACUGCCCCGUUUGUCCUCCCGCCCAGCGCUAACCCCGCCCACCAGGCGCACCACGGAGCGCUGCCCGCCCGGAUCUGCUUAUCACCGCAGGCUGGACCGCCGCUCCGUAAGCGCUUACGAAUGGUUGGCGGAGGACGUGGUGAACUGCGGCCUGACUGCGCUCAGACGUGCUGCUGCAUCUACGCAGCUGCAGCCUCAGCAGGACAUUACCUGCACCUCCCGCUCUCCAUGUACGACGCCGCGCUCUCCUCCUGCCCGCCCACGCCUCACUCCUCCUCCUCCUCCUCCUCCUCCUUCUUUCAGCUCGCUAACCACAGUAAGUUAGGGCGAGAGCACGAUGAUGAUGAUGAGGAAGAUAUCGAAGAGGAGGAGGAAAAUGAAGAAGAAGAAGAAGAUGAAAGGGAAGCAGGGGAGGAGGAGGAGGAGGAGGAAGAGGAGGAGGAAAAAACACAAGCAGGGCCUUCUACUGAUGUUAAUAAAAAUAAUUCACUCCAGAAAAGGACUAGGACCUCGCUGGCUCACACACACACAAGGACAGAGGAGGACACCUGCAUGACAGACAGAGGAGAGGAGGACGAAGAGCGAGAGCAGGAGGAGGAGGAGGACGACGACGACGAAGAAGAGGAAGUGGCAGAGAGAGCGUGUCAGUGGGUCUCAGAGAGAGAUCUCCACAGGUUCAGCUUCUGGCAGCGCAGGGUUCACAGACAGUAAGUGUGUGUUAGCGAGUGAAGAUGCAGUGAUGACGAUGAUUCAGAUGAAGGUUACAAUUCAAAUAUGCCAAGUCAGCUUUAUUUUCAUGUGGAAAACAGAACAUUGUUGUGUUUGUCAAGCACAGAGC